AUGUGUAACGAAGAAGAAAAAGAGGAAAAGCAACACAAGAAGAAGAGAGGCUCUCGAGCAGCCAUGGCGGCACCUGACAGCGGGGUGAAACCUCUCCAAAGUGCCAUGAAAAUGGCCAAAAACGCAAUCCAGCUGGACGGGGGGAACAAACACAAGGAGGCAUACUGUGAAUAUCUCCGGACUAUCGGCUACAUCUCACACGCACUUUUGGAGGAGGCCAGGUCACAAAAGGAGAGCGACAUGGUGGUGGUGGAGGUGGAGCGGAUGUUGAGGUUGGCUGAGCAGUGUCUGGAGCGAGCUAAGUCCUUUAUAGGGAAGAGUGCUGACCCUCCUGACCUGUCUGACUCCGUCUGUGCUCCCUCUGUCUGUCCAGCUGGGUUAUCAGAGCCCGCUCAGACUGCCUCAAACACUGUCCCUCCAAGCGAUUCUCCGACUGACGCAGGGCGUAAAACAUCCAGCCCAACAAAGACAGGUCACCGGAGGGUUCUGUCAGAUGGUAGUGGGGAACUCUCUCCUUUCCUGCCUCCUGAAAUCUUCCAGCGACUACAAACGAUGGAGUCACAGGACAUGAGCAAGAAGGAGCUGACACCCAUUGAAGAAGCGUCACGCAUGAACCAGAAGUUGAAAGCAAAUUAUGAAGCUCGCCUGGCGCGGCUCACUCCCGGUCAGGCCUAUCAGAAGACUUCUUUGACACUCUCGCUCCAGCGGCAGAUGAUGGAGAACCUCAUCAUAGCCAAAGCCAGACAGGAUGCUCUCCAGCGAAAGAUGGAGGAGAGAAGACUAAGAUUGCAGGAAGAGGCCAACAGGAGAUUUGCAGCACCUGGAGCAAUGACUGCAGAGGAGCAAGAGCAGCGUAUCCUCUAUACCAACGUCCUGGAGUACGAGCAGGACCAUGAGUGGCCCAAAAUGUGGAAAGCCAAGAUGAGGAAGAAUCCAAGCGAUGUGACUUUAGUGUCAGGACUUGUCUCCUACCUGCUCAGCCGGUCCGACCACCCAGUGGUGAAGCUACUGAGGAAACACCAGUACCGGAUUUACAACAAGCUCUACCCCAUCGUCAGUAAAGGCCUGCCGCAGAGUCCGGCCCUGCAGCUGAGGCCUUCUCGCAGUACUCACAACUUGCUUCAUCCAGAGACCCCAGGGAAGCCAGUCAGGACUGGGCCCAGCAGCAUCGGUGGCCAGAGCCUCAGCACCGGCUCUUCCCCCUCACUUUCUCACGACCUCCAAACAAACUACGACGACGAGGAAGGGGAGGAGCCUCGUCCCCCUGUGCCAGUUAACCGGGAGAACUCGUUUGAGGACCUGGAACAGUUUCUGACCCAGUUAGACUGGGCCGAGCCUCAUGGCAGCAUAGAAGAAACUGGCUCAGAUUCAGAGCAGACCAGUGAUCACCCCGUACAUCAGGUGCAGGAGGAGGGAGGCUUUCAGGAGCAGGAGAUGAGAGCGCUGACAGAACACCUGAAGACCGUUGUCAAAGAUAUUCACAUCGCAAUUGAUCAGCUUCUGUCCCUGUGUCUGCUGUCGUUUGAGAGUCUGAACACAGCCGCCUCUAAAGACCUGUGUCUGGCCAGCAUAGAGGAAGCCUUCUUCACGCCCCUGUGGAGCGCCCUGGUAGCUCUUUUCAGGAAGGUCCACAGGGAGAAGGAGCAGGCCUUCGAGACGAGCAUGAAGCUGUUCAAAGAUGUUUCACCUGGAGAUGUUGGUGUUCCCUCGAAACUAUUCCCCACAGACCCUAGCACUCUGCAAGGUUCCUACCCCUACGAGUCUGCUGUUCAGGAGCUCAUGCUGCUCAUCACAGACUGCUGUCCACAAAGGAAGUUAGAAUGUAUUGUGAGGACACUGCGGCUGAUCUGUGCCUGCGCUGAGGAUUACAGGUGUCUCCAUGAAGUAGACUCUGCUCCUAAAACUGCUGCCAUCGGAGCAGACGACCUGCUGCCAAUCCUGUCCUUUGUGGCGAUACGCUGCCAGUGUCCUCAGCUGGUGGCUGAAUGUGCUGCUUUGGAGGAGUUCAUUCACGAAGGCUACUUGAUAGGAGAGGAAGGCUACUGUCUGACCUCCAUGCAGAGUGCCUUGGCCUACGUGGAGUCCUUGCACACAGGAGGAGCUCACCUUUCUCCCAGUAAACCCACCUGAUUCAGGUACUGCAGACACAGACCCUCCUGAUGGUUCAUCCUGCAUCCCCCGCUGUGCUCCAGAGAACCAGCACAGCCUGCAGUGACCUGCAGCGCCCUGCAGGCUGUGCAGAUGCAUGUUAUGAAACACACACUGUGUUCAACACGAGGACUCCCUUUUUUCUGUGCCUAUGAGUGGUUUCUAACCGAGUCUGAACCUGCAUGGAGCUAAACCAGACUCGACUGGGACUUCAUAAAGGUGUGUUUGCAAACAGUGAAGCUUUGCUACGUUAGCUAGCACUGGAUUUUGAAGGGAUUACUGUGUUUGGUUGAUGUUGGAGGGAGCCAUUUCAAGUGAUGAAUAUAAUACUGCUUACAGAGAAAAACCUGCAAUAUGUUCCCCUUAGAUUAAAUAUUAAAUCUUACCUUGUAGCUUUUUUUGUUUUUCCUCAAAAUAACACGCAGCCUCGUUCAUCAGACGGUGCAUGUGUUCUUUUUUAAAGACUGGUGGCAACAUCCAUCUGACAACUAUUAAUGAAUGAUAUUAAUGUAUGCACUGUUGGUGAGGACGCAUUCAGGGCUGAUGCUCCCCUGGAUGAUUGUUUGGAGUUCAGACAGUAGAUCUAUUUUCAGAUGAACCUGCCCACUGGGCAGAGUGGGUUUGUCAGAGGAGUCAUCUAAAAGCAGAAACUGCUGUUGGCUAGAGGUCCUGUUGUCAGUCACUGUGUUUGCAUGUAACAGCAUGUUGGAUAACUUUUCAGUGAUUCUACUUUAUCCUAAUACUGACUGUAAGGAGAAUGAACACUACUGCACUUUGUUUGUUGAUCCCCUCUCCAUGUGAGCGUCUUGUGUUGCUCAUGAUCAGUCUGCAGGAGAAGCCACAGAGACUGAAGGUAGACGUGAGCGUGAUUUGAUUUGUUGAGUUGUUUCCUGCUUAAAAAGGGUUUUAUUGUUUACGUUUGUGCGUACACGUUUGUGUUUACCUUAAAUGUGUUUCUAAUCAAAGCUCAAAAUCAACUAAAGGAGAGCUUCAGAUGAUUUUUUUUACAACCUAGUUUUUUAGUUUUCAUCCUCUCCCCGAUGUUUCUCUUGAUGUCUUUUUAUUUCUCUAAAGUUAAAAAACGAUAGAAUAGAGUUCAGAAAGUGAUCAAGUGUUAGACUUUUAUGCACUUAGAGAACUCAAGGUGCACGGUAUGAAAGGGAUCGUUUCAUGAAGACAUGACUGGACAGAGUUUUGGGUGUUUUCUAUGGUUUUAAAUGCAUGAAGACGCCACAGUUUGUGUUUACGUUAAAGGGUCCGAUGUUACAAUUCAUUUCUCCAGACAUGUUUAAAUAGUGACCAUCCUCUUAAUCAUACAGAGGUUUUUUAAAGUCUUAAGUGUGUUCAUCCUAUCCAGGCAGAGAUUUAUCUCUUACUCUACUCCUGUGUACAGAUGAUCUCCUACAUCUCAGAGCAUGUUGUUUUACUCCUGUGUGUGUCCAGUGUGUGUGAUCGCCGUGAGGGAACUGAAACCUCCAAUUACAUGAGCUGGCAGGGAAGUUUUUAAACUUCUUCCUAUGAAAUAUCAAACUGGAUGACCAGCAGUGGUUGAAUUAUAGCCAAUGAAAGAUGCUUAACGUUAGUGUGAUUUCUGUUUUGUGAUGCACCCACAGCAGGCGUACCUCCAGUGUCACUCAUAGACUGAAACUAGAUUUUUAAAGCAUACCUUUUAUUUUGUUUUCUUGCUUGAAGUGUCUACGUGAUCUUUAGUUUUGUUUCAAGGGGUCCAGAUGAUGUGAAAAGAUGUCUUAAGAACUGUUUGAAUCUGUAACUGCUAACCAUAAUUUAUGACGAUACCAAAAACAGCUGACUGUGUAUGAAAUAGAUAGUUAUGUAAUUACACUGAAAAUGGCAGAAUGCUGUGAUAUUUUGCAACGUGUAUAAAGUGACUACAUUUAUGUAAAUAACUCAUUGUACUUUUAUUUUGACAGCUAUAUUUGAAUGUUAUUAAACUAUUUUACUGUGAAAGGAUGGAAAUGUUAAAAUGAAAAGAAUGAAUGUGUUUAACAGGCCGCUCAAUAAAGAGAACAGAGUUAUGUUUCAAUCUCUUGAGA